AUGAGAUCGUUCAACGAGGGGCUUCCCGCCCUAGGAAGAUGGCGGACACGGGCGCAACUGUGCGUUUUUGUGUUUUCACUGCUUGUGUGCACAAGCGGCCUGGCGAAGCCGGUGGAAAAAAAUAUAGUUUUGCACGACUUUUCUCAACAGGACUCCGCGCGCGUGCCUCACGGCCCUGCCGUCAAAGGCUAUAGUAUCGUAGAUAUUGAGGAGGACAUGCCCAGUUUCGUACAAGGAGGAGAGAAAGACAUGUGGGUUGGGCUGCUGGACCAGGAGUUCAUGAUGCAAACUUCGCACGCCCUGGUGCAAGCAUUCAAAAAAGCGUCGAAAUAUAUUUAUUCCCGUGGGUUCGUUCGUCUCUUGUACGCCUCCAACCCAUGGCUGAAGCACUCGAUUGCCACAAUGGAGCAGAAGCUCGAAAUGGUGAAGAAGCUGGAAAAGGUCGCCGAAGGCUCCAAGCUGUUCUACUGGAGAGGGAAACCGGCGAGCGCCAACAAACUCCUCGCCGAAGCAUCGCUUGCUAGGGUCUUCCCGAAGCGUUCACGCCUAUUGGGAUCUGGCCGUCAGUUUUACCAGAAGCACUUGGGGACACUGACGCAGGCCUUGCAGCAGGCGAAAGCCGGAACGAAGGCUCUUGAAUUGAUCAUGGCCUCUAAGACCCUUCCUCUCUACUCGUGGACGCAAAGCAUGUUCAAUCACCCGCUGGCGACGUUGCAAAACACAGUCGUGCACGGGUUUGAAGAGGCAAUCGGAGGUGUUACGGGUUUGUUUACCAGCGAAGUAAGAGGGAGCUGCUUCUCGUUCGCCUAUCGCGUCAACUCCAUUGCGCCGUACACUGCAGUCUACCCUGGAGGCAUUCUCGGGAGCAUCAUGAAAGGCCUCGUCCGUUCUUAUUUCCUAGUGUUCCAACAGUCUCUAAUCAACUUCAAGGGUAUCUUUGCAAUGCUUAUCGGCAUUAUUUGCAAAACAAGAGUCAUUCAGGCAGCUGUCGGUAUGAGGGGUGAUCCAGUGGGCCAAGGGCUGAUGGAUCGCCUGUUCAAACGUGAAGCUGUCGUUCUGACUACCAUCCUCUUCCAAAUGCACGCGGUUGACGUGGAAAGUCAAUACCGGGAGGCUGAGGAAAUCAAGAGUGCCCUCUCAGGACCUGGGGGUUCAUGGGCCCUUGCUGAGGGACUUUUCGUCGGUGGAGCUGAGUUCGGUCGCGCCUUUGUCAAUUUGGUGCGGAAGUAUAGAAAAAGCGCUGCGGCGUAUGUGCAGGCAUGCGAAGCUUUAAAGAGUGGCAGCUUUGAGAGCGCCAACGACCAGCAAGACAACCCAGAAAACACAAGUCAGGACAGAUUUGCUUCUGCUGGCGCGCACGUGGAGAAGCUAAUUGGAGAUGCACUUGAGUUUUUUGAUAUGGCACACCCCGAGGCUUCAGGUGGCGAUGAUCCCCUUACAACGGAGCAAAAGGUGAACAUGUUGCGACGGAGCUGCAGAAAGAACCGACGCUUCGUCGAGACCUAUGAGAAGGACCACCUUGAGUAUACGAAGCGCGUGAUUGUCCAAAUGGUGCGUGUUCUGCAAUAUUAUUUCAAGUAUUUCAAGUCGUACAUAGCCGAUAUCCUCUCCAUUUUCUACGAGUCUGCCAUAGCAAUGCUCGAAGCAAAGAUAAACGAUUCGCUAGGAGCUGCAGAGGGAUCCAACAGCCCAGCUGACGAAAUGGUCGCAUCUGAAGCUCGUCAUGCAGCCAGAAAGAGCGCUGCACAAUCCGCAACAGACGAAUCAACGCUCCCAAGGAAACUCUUUAGGGCACCCAAGUUCGCAGAGGAAGCCACGAAUCUAGCAAACGGACUCUAUGAAGCAGCUGGAGCACUCUCGCUAUUCGAAAUUGCGAAUGAGGACUCUGCUUCUGCUGCCGGCCUUCGCCAGUUCUCCCUUCGUCUCCUAACAAGCGCAGACAGCAACAUGCGCAAAGGCUUGGGUGAAAUAUACAAGCGUUUCCUGAACAGCCAAGUUCUUCUGUCUCGCGUGGAGAAGAACCAAGAACGAAUCCGAGUCUUCGAACUUAUUGCUAAAUGCCAGACUCCUCUAGAGGAGAAGACAGAAGAAGAAAAACAAGUCUGCGGCACAACCGUUACGAGCGAGAUCGACCCCAAUGAAUUCAUUGCAAAAUCUAUGGCUGCUAUGAACCUACCCAUCUCCUCGCCAGAAGAUGACAUCGCCUUCCACUCCGCAGGAGACGUCACACGGGUCUUCGAAUCCUGGCUGAAGUAUGCGACAGAAAAAAGACAGAUGCGCACCGCGCAAAUUGCUCAGCUUGCUGCAGAAACAGGCUCGAAUAUCGUUUUCCUUACUCUCAUGCGCAACGCUGUCAAUGACAAGCUCACAUUCCGCCGAUUCGACUACGUUGAGGGGACGGCGAAGCUAAUGCUCUACGACGAAAGCGGAAGAAGCCUGAUCUUUACUGGUCUUGUUGCUCCUUCACAAGACGGCAGCGGCAAACGAGCAUUCAAACCUGACCCCCUGGAUUGCACCAGUACAUUUAGAGUGGAGGAGGGGAAUAAAGGGGUAUUGUCGUUUUACGUUCUUGCUGAUUCCCGACGUGGAGGGGCCGAAGCACCGCAAGAGCAUCCCAACUUCUCAGAGCGCCAGCUGACCCCUGCGAUCACAGUUCGUGGAACAAUUGAAUAUGAUGACACUCGCAAAGAACUCCUCAGCAUUCAGAACGACCCAAAUGCCAUCAGAGACGCAUUCGUUGCCCAUUUCAUGGAGAAGAGGGGGCGCGUCGCUGCGGAGACACUAGCCGGCGUCUUAAUGCUGCUGCACCGGAAACUCCCCAUCUUCUGGAAGCGCAGCCCGGUCGAUUUCGUGCAGCAUCUGACUCCGAAAAUGUUUUUCGACGUUCUAUACGUCCUCUCGACACAGGCGUAUGAUCAGGCCGAAGCCACUGUGACGCUCGACGGAAAACUGUAUACUUUUCCCAAGUCUUUUGGUGCUAUGAAAGACAUUGUCCUUAGUUCGUUGAAUAGAGCAAUCGUUCGCAUGCACAGCUUGAACGCAUCAGACGCAGCGCUGCUGAUUGCCAUGGGCACCGUUCACUUUGCGUACAAGAAGAUUCAGAAACACAGGACGGGGAGAACCUCAGUAAUGCACCUCUUCCUCAAGGAAGUGAACCACAUUAUGAACAUCUUGAAGUCCGCCCCGGAGCAACUGAAAGCCCUAUACCCAGAGUGCGAAUUUAUCUCCAACUGGGAUACUCCUCAAGAAGAAGGCGUUCUAAAAUGCGCUGUCUUCCGCUUCAUGAAGAUCGGAUCCCUUACAGAUCUUGGUGACAAACAGGAAGAGAUCGAGACUUACGUCACUGCCUUUGUCAACAAACUCACCGAACUGAAGGGCCAGGCGACAUGGAGUUCGUACUUAAACCUGGAUUACUUCCUUAAAGACGCCAAGAUGUACGGGAAGACAGCCGCAAAAUACAAGUUCGAGGUGCUCUACAAUCAAGUGAAUGACAUACGUGGAACAGACGAGGAAGAGUCUGAGCUUGCCAAGCUUAUGAAGAAACUCCACCCGUCUCUGGCAGGUCACAGGCCACCACGCCCUCAGAAGAAGAAGGGUUUCGUAGCCAUGUUCAAAAGGCUUCAAGCCAACUUCAAGGUUCUUCCCCAAAUAAUCAGGCAAAAAGUCACCCUGGCGUGGAGACAAUGCUACGCAAGAAUGAGAAGGUUCUUUGGCUCCCGACGGUCUAUCCUGAGCGGCUGGAGAAUAUCACCCAAAGUUAUUCAAGGACCGCACUUCAUGGGCGCACUUAAAUUUGCGGAGGUGACGACUUACCCCGAUCUCAGCAAUGCACGAGAGGUUCUCAUUGAGGUGGCCGACUUGGAGGAGUUCGGUAAAGUUCUGCUAACCCUUGAAACCGUUGCCGCCACGCUGGACAAUCCUGCAGGCAUGUAUAACACUGUGACACAAGUACGGUCAACGGCAGCCUUCACUCCAUCUGCAAGAGAGGAGCACGCCAAACUAAUAGAGCGCGCGAAGGUGCUGGGGAAAGACGUCGUGAAAGUGGCCGCUGGGUGGAUCCUUAAGACAGCUGGCGGCUCCGGCAUAAGCAUGGCUUUGGGCUUAUUGGCGCUUCAUGACACAGCAGGGACAUUCUCAGACAAGGCGCUGCAGCUUCGUUACCUGACCUCCGAAGCCCUUGCCUACCUUAGCUCCUCCCUAGACUUGGCCUACAUUCUGAAGAAUCUACCUCCGCAAACUCGCAAAGACGCCGAGAUGAUGCGCUUCAAUAUGAACGCUUCGGGCCCCAACGCUUUUGUUGUUAAAGCUCAGUGCGAGCCCCGGGGUCUGGGCCUGAACACGGCUGAUCCCGUGAAGGUAGAAGAAGCUCUGUUGCGUGUAGAAGAAGCUCUGGAUAAAGAGCAAGGCCUCCCUGAGGGUUCUUCUAACUCUGAGAAGUGCUCAGCUCUUAUAGGCUCAGUCCUCCGCGGCCCUAUAACGCCAACAACCUCUCUUCCACAUGAAGCUCUCCUCGAAUCGGACGCCUUCGGUUUAUGCUUCCUGCUCCUCCGGCUGCGAGGGUACAUGGAAACAGAGACCGAGACAGUUACAAUUGAUGAACUGCUGCAAACAAUAUACAUCGAUGGGCUGCCGGUGGGUAAGCAUCUAGACUUCCUACAGCAGCGCAGGGCUGAUAUGGAGGAGCGCAAGUUGAGGGCGAAGCUGAUAACUCCCUUCUUGCGGUUACUGCUGCUCGCCACCGUUGAAAGCCUGGGCACAAGCCUCGGAGGCAUCAGCUUCAAGUCGUACGACGCGGAGGCCAAGAUGAUUGCCUUCCAGUUCACAUUUCAGGCAGUGUCUCCCCCGAAGGCUCCAGCUGAAGUGCUCGCAUAUGCUGCUGACCUCCUUCUUGGGUCUCAUUCAGAGACGAAACAACGUUUUAUCUCGUUCGCAUUUGACGGUCCACAGUUCCUCUUAGACUGGUACCGAUACGUGGAAACUGGCAAAAUGCAAGCGUACGUAGAUGCAUCUCGGGAGCAGAACCUGCCUGUGACAUUCCAAGACAUGGCCAAGCUCAGCAGAGUGUACACCGUAACUGACCUCGCCGAUCUCGCUUACACGCUGCGGCAGAGCUCCAAGCUAGAUCCAGCAAGGGUGGCCAGAGAAGCGGCUAUUAGGAUCAUGGAAGACGAGACGAAGCCCCCUCUGAAGCGCUACGGCCUUGCCCACAUGCUGGUAGACAUGGUGGCCCAAGCUGCGCACUUAAAGCAGAAGUGCCUCGGCAAGGCUUUAGAAGAAUACGAGAACUUCAGCAGCUCUACUCUGCUUGACCGGGAACUAUUCAGAUACGACUGCUACUACAACUUCAUGUACGAAUCGAGCUCCUUUGCCGACGUGGCCCGCAGCAUCUCAGAGGAAGACAUUGCAGAGGUGAUGGCCGCUAUCGACUCUGCAUAUGAAGCUGAAACAAAGUCCCUGUACGAGCAGCUGCUGAACAGCAACGUGCAUCACACUGCAGUUGCGAAUGCGGCGUUUACAACUGGGCAGCAGUUCCCGAUUACUGGUAUGAUGGACGUGCUGACAUCAGAGUUCCUGACGUGGGUUCGAGAAAAGAGAAGCUGGGACAACGUUGUCAUCCGCAUCAGAGAAAUGAGAGAAAUAAAAUGGGUGGCGACGAGGAAGACGACAACCCUCGGCAGGCCUGUCACCAGUGUCGAACAUCCACUGCUAAUGAACCCAUAUCAGAUUCUCAUAGACAUUAUGCUCGCCGCUAUGACCGGUUCUGCCAAGAGGAGGCGGUUCCCCAUUAUCGCGCCUCUAAAACGCCUUAAGGCAUUUUUCUCGAUGGUUAAACCCGGACGAAAGAGCAGAGCCGAAUACAAGGCAGACAUACGGGGUAGACAACGUCUGCAGGAACAGCAAAACCUCCAAUACAAUCUCCUAUACAACAAGGAGCUGCAAGCACAACUGGAAAAGCUACAGCAAGAGGAGGAACAACAGCAAGAACAGCAACUAGCCCAACAACAAGAACAAGAACGAGAACAGCAACAGGAACAGCAAGAACAGGAAGAACAGCAAGUGCAAGAUCAAGCUGAACUCGAAGAGACCCUGCCAUCCGCAGAGCUUCAGCCCCUUCAAGUCCCUCAACAACAGCAGGCAGCAGUCAUCACCGAACAACCUGUAGUGGAUGAGUAG